CCAAAAACUUGUCAAAAAUAAUUUUUUUUAAGUUCCAGGCCAUGGAUCAAUUUAUAUAUUUUUGAUCCAUAUUAAAAUUAAACAGUGACAUAGCAAUGUUUUCGUAAAGUGAAGUAAAAUAUAAUAGUGUUUUCUACUAUAGAUUUUUAUUAAAUUUGCGAAGUAUGGUUGGAAGAGCAUUUUCUGUGAAAGUAGACUUGGAUCUACAUGCUGUCACCUGCCCAGGUGUUUGGCUUUGUCCUAGUGGUAAAGUUGCAUUAAAGAUCAGUAUUUUUAAUUCCUGUGUCUCCACGCAUCGCUUGACACCAAUAUUUCCUCUUCUAUACCAUAAUAAAUUUACAUUUAAAAAAAUAUUUAUUGGAGUAACAACACUUGUGGAACUAGAAAAAAAGUUGUCUACAGAAUAUAUCUUUGCUGAAUUGAUUCAGUGGUCUUCCACAGCAAACAGGAAUGUAACAUUAGCUGUAUUUGAAACCAAUUUGGUGGAAUUGUUAUAUCCUGUUCCUUGUUACAAAGGCUUAUUGGCAGGAGUUGAUGUUGAUUUACUCAUGGAACCAGCAAAGUGUUUCCCAGGUAUUUUAUCUCCAAAAAUUGAGGUAUCAACAAGAACAACUAUAGAAGAGGUGAUUGAUUUUGAUAUUUGUCCAACAAAAGCUCGUUUAAUCAAUCCUAAAAAUAUAACAACAUUGAAUCAACCAUGCAGUCAUAAAAAAAAAGAUUUAUUAGCAAGCAAACCUGUUAUAAGACAAAAAAAAGUAUGUCAUUCAAGACAGAGAAAAUCAAACUCUUACAUAUGUCGAAGUUGUCGACGUCGACCAAAUAAUGUUGAAGUUCUUCAUAACUGUGAUUGCUCUGACAAGCAUACAUUAUUGCAUAGAGACAAUUGCUACUUAUCAAAGUCACAUAAAAAAUCAACAUGUGAAUGUUCAUCAGUUGCUUCAAGAAAAAGUUGUGAAAAUUUUAGUAUCUGCAAUGAUGCUCAUAUAUUUGAUAGCUGUCCUAUUUGCCUUAAGUACAAAUGUUAUUUUCCGAGUCAUAAAUCAGAAUCCAACAACUUAGAAAAAUGUUAUGAUAGAAAAAAAUAUCUUAGUUUAGAUAGUGAAUGUUCAGAUAAUAGAACAAAACUCUUAUAUAAUAAAGAUUCAAAUAUUCAUGAUGAUUACAAACACAAAGUUUCAAGGUUGUCAAGUGCAAUAAACUCCAUUGAUUUAAAAAAUAAUAAAAAAAUGGAUUGUGCCUCAGAGCAAGUACAAACUGAAGAGAAGUCUUCAAAACAUUCUUGUUUAGAAAAAUUGAAUAGUGAUUUAAUUUGUAAGUCAACCAGUGCACCAUCUCUAAAAGACGACCCAACUACGUCAAUUUUACGCGCAAAAAUGAAACAAUUAGAAAGAACAAAAGAGAGAUUAAAUUAUGCCAGAUGUAAAGAAAGAGAAUUGGAUCACAUUUCAUCUUGUAAUAAUCUUCACAAUAGUCAGACAAGAAGGGGAUUUUAUAAAAAUUUAGGAAAAUUUUACAAAAGAAUGUAUAAACAAGCUAAGCAACGCGCAUACGAUUUAGAUGAAUUAUGAUUAUAAUUGAGAUUCAAAGUCUUUCAACCCAUUAACUAAUUUUUCAGGCGUUUGUCGUUGACAAAGGUAUCGACUCAUUUUGUUUCCUUAUUUUACGUUUUUUUUACAAUGUUAUGAAAAUAUUUAUUGGGAAAUCUUUUAUAAUGCCAUUUAUACAAUAAUGUAUGGUACAAGUUCGAUAAAAAAGUGAAAGAGAAUAUUUUUUAUGUCAGCCUACGUUUACCAACUUCGUGCUUUCUAGUCAUUGUUAACAUUGUUUAAUUGUGUACAAUUUAGCGUAUAAAAUAUCUUUUUAAUGCGUCAAAAUAUAGGUUUUAUGUGUUAUUUAGGUAAAGCAGUUGAAUUUUCAUGGAAAAAUUUCUUUAUUUUACAAAAUUCAUCUUUAUUUUAUAUUGAGUAAAGCGCACCCUAAAUGCUUA